CCCCCUUCCUAACCUUCUCGCAUUCAUCUUACCCCCCUUUCGCUUCGAUCCUCCAUACCAGUGCUCCAUAACCCAACGCCCUUGACAACCACUAAACAAAAUGUCGGACAUCGAUCAAGAAUGGAAGCCCAAGAACCGUCCACAGUCGACCAUGGCACAAGCCUUCUCAUCCGCGCUGGAUAGCGCCUUUUCGCUUGAUUCCGAUGUCAAUCACCUUUCACAGACCAUCGAUCAAAAGAGACACCAAAUGAUGAUACAGGAGCGAGAAUUAGAACAGCUUCAGGCUAGGAUCCGGGAAGCUGAGGAACGCCUCAAAGCCCGACAGUCUUUGGUCCUCGACGGAAACAACACAAGGUCUCCUUCGGCGCAACGAGGGGACCGGUUCUACCAGUCAGGUGAGGAUUCCCAGCUGGACAACAUCUGCCACGGUCGUCAUUGUUGCUGACAGCGCUUGGUUGCAGCAUCCACCUCAGCAUCGACAUCCCCUACGGAUUCCGCCGGCCAAUACUCCAGCGGCGACGAACAACAGCGUGGUCAGGGCCGCAACUCAUGACUGCCUUUGACGGGCCGGGGUCGGUUAUUAUCAGCAUAUAAUUUGGGUCAAGG